AUGGCCUUAGUAUUACGACACCUUUUCGAUUCGUACAAGUUUUUCUUUAGGGAGUAUAAUGAUCCCAGGGUGGAACAUUUUCCUUUACUCGGAUCGCCAUGGCCGGUGCUGUUGGUGAUAUUUUUGUACCUAAAGAUUUGCUGCAGCUGGGGUCCCAAGCUGAUGGAGCAUCGAAAACCGUUCUGUCUGAAGUCGGUUAUGAACGUGUACAAUUUGGCACAGGUUGUGAUAAAUCUGUACAUUGGCGUAAUUGGACUAAACAAUUCCUAUCUGGCAGACGAUUUCAAUGGGUUGUGCGAACCGAUCAACCAGAAGGUUUCCCCUUCCAGGCGCAAGCUUAUCUUCGUAUCGUAUUUGUACUUUCUGUCGAAGAUUGUGGAUCUACUGGAUACGAUUUUUUUCGUGUUGAGAAAGAAGAAUAAUCAAAUCACCUUUUUGCAUAUCUAUCAUCAUGCGGGAAUGAUAGCAGCUACUUAUGUUUUUUCAAAGUUCAUCUCGGGAAGCCACGCGACACUGCUUGGGCUGAUCAACAGUUUUGUGCAUGUCAUCAUGUACUUCUAUUACUUCCUGACCUCGUUCCGGCCGGAGCUGAAAAAUUCUCUUUGGUGGAAAAAGCACAUCACGCAGGUUCAAUUGCUACAAUUUAUGAUUCUUAUGGUACACUUCGGACUCCCACUGCUGCUGGGCUACUGCGACUAUCCGACUCCCAUACUGCUGAUCGGUUUUAUGCAGAACCUUUUCAUGUUUACACUGUUUGCCGACUUCUACGUCAAAGCCUACCUCAAAAAGCGAACGAAAGCGGCGGCAGCGAUGGCGAACAGCAACGGUGACGCCGCAAAGCUGAGCGAAUCCACCCUGCACUCGCAGCAGGCAACCGGAUCGUUACCGCUAUACUACCGUUCAAGGCCAAUGCAGAGAGCGUAUGGAAGCGAUAGUCAAUUGUACCGGUCGGUGUUGGGACUGAAACUCGAGAUUCAUCGUUUUCCGGACGAAACGAACAAAGCCGGGAAUCAUCAUCCGGUGCUGGUGAUCCGGGUGCGACAGCAGAACAGCGGCGGCGGAUGGUGGUAG